AUGUCUUUCUUGAGCCCUAGCUUCAGUUCACAUCAGAGAGAGGAUGAGAAGACUCACUAUGAGAAUGUCAAGGUUAGCCGAGGUGAGUUUUAUCAUUUUUUUUACCUUACCCUACCCUACCCUGCCCUACCUUACCCUACCUUACCAACCCUAUACUAUAGCCCGCCUAACUCCAUUCAUUCUACCUUACUGCCUCUUGGCUUACUGUGCCAUGCCGUUAGCUACCCCUCGUUACCGUAUUAUGCUGUUUCCAACCGUACCAUGUCUUAUCCUACCUAGUGUUCCGCACCGUGCUGUGACGUCCUCUUUCUCUACCUUAUCUCACAUUAACCCGUCCUGCCCUACCUUAACGUACCUUGCCCUACUAAGCCCCAUUUGACUCUACCUGGCCUUAUUCUACCUUAGCUGAUCGUGCCGUGCCAAAACGUGCCGUUUCUUACCCUAACAUGCCUUAUCCGAUCCAGCCUUUACCUACAGUGCCUUAUUCUACCUUACCAUCCAUCGUAGUGUAAUUCGAAGGUUUACCUUUUACAUGCAGUACUAUUGCUUCCAGGCAAAACCCAUAGGCGCAAGCUCCAUAAACCACGCCACGCAUCAGUCAACCUAUUAGCCGAAACCGCCAUCAAAUCAGCCAAACCGCCAAAGCAAGCUACAAAAUUGACCAAACUACAACGCCAAAACAUUGUCGAAAGUAAACGGAUGAUGUAUGACAAGUUCUAUGCUGGUGUUCAACAUCCAGAUGAAAUGAAAAAGAUUUUGAAGUGUACUCAGUUCCAGGUCUACUAUCGAAAAGCUAAUUUUAGAUGGGACAUUCCAGCCGAACUGCCAAUGUAUCUGGCUUAUAAGGACAGUAAUGAGAGAGUGGGUUAUUUUAGAUAUGGAAAAUUAAAUCUUAGCUUUAAUUCUUGUCUUGGCCUAGCUUAACAUACCCUUUGGCAAAUCUUUAGCCCUAGACUCAACGGUAGCUCUAGUCCUAGCCGUAGCGUUUGCCUUAGCCCUAGCCGUAUCCUGAACUUUAGCCUUAGCUUUAGCUCUAGCCUUGGCCUACGGUCUAGUUUUAGCUUUAGCGUUAGCCUAUGAUCUUGAUCUUAAUCUUAGCUCAAGUCUUAGCCAUGCCAAAGCUCUGACUAGAUCCUGAGCUUUAGUCCUAGUCUCAGCUUUAGUUUUAACUCUUAGUUUAGGCUUAGCGUUAGCCUAUAGCUUUGAUCGUAAUUUUAGUUUUAGCCCAAGCCCUAGCUGUAUCUUUAGCUAUGGCUGCUGUUCUAGCCCUAUCUCUAGCUCUAAUCUUAGCCCUUGCUCUAACCCAAUCCCUAGCCCAUUGUCUAACCAUAACUUCAGCUUUAGCCUCUUCUCAUCCUAGUCCAGCUUUUAAUACUUAGCUAAAUUUACACUCAAAACUUCAGAUGUACCACUUCCCAAUCAUUCACGGUCCAGACGGCUUGGGAGGUCUACAGUGGUCUGUUCAAACCCCAUUUGACAUGCCCAAUGCAACCUGUUCCAGUCUGAGCAAGCUCCUCGAACACUAUGGAAUCUACUCGUUUGUGGUACCAGAUACUGGCGAUAUCGAGGUCUUUCCGAUUUGGCAAAUGAACGAUCAUACAUCCAAAUCAACCGAUACAAGUGCAUCUAUCUAUUAG